CGUCUUCGCGACCCACGCCCGCUCCCGGCACGACGCUUCGCGGGCGCGCGCAGCGCUCUGGAAGGGAGAAGCGAGCAGCCCUGGGCCCGCCCCUCUUCCACGCGCGCCGCGGGCGGUGGCGGUUACAGACACCGGAAGGACGCCCGCCGCACCUCAUCCACUCCCUCCCCCGCGAGAAAGGCGAGACCCAGGAGGCGCAACAAAGGCAAAACCCGGCCGGGGAGGCGGACCGAGCUUCGUUUUAUAGUCAGUCACAACGUGGGAAAAAAAACUAAAACCGAUUGCUUUGCCCUGGGAAAUAGUAACCCUGACGCAUACACCUGCUUGCAGGGGACAGAGGAUGUGAUGGAGCUGCUUGAAGAAGAUCUCACCUGCCCAAUUUGUUGCAGUCUGUUUGAUGAUCCUCGAGUUUUGCCUUGCUCGCACAACUUUUGCAAAAAAUGCUUAGAAGGGAUCUUAGAGGGGAAUGUGAGGAAUUCCUUGUGGAGAUUAUCUCCAUUCAAGUGCCCCACAUGCCGUAAGGAAACUUCAGCUACUGGAGUCAAUAGCCUGCAGGUUAAUUACUCCCUGAAGGGUAUUGUGGAGAAGUAUAACAAGAUCAAGAUCUCUCCCAAAAUGCCAGUGUGCAAAGGACACUUGGGGCAGCCUCUCAACAUUUUCUGCCUGACUGAUAUGCAGCUGAUUUGUGGGAUCUGUGCUACUCGUGGUGACCACACCAAGCAUGUCUUCUGUUCUAUUGAAGAUGCCUAUGCUCAGGAAAGGGAUGCCUUUGAGUCCCUCUUCCAGAGCUUUGAGACCUGGCGUCGGGGUGAUGCUCUUUCUCGCUUGGAUACCUUGGAAACUAGCAAAAGGAAAUCUCUACAGUUACUGACUAAAGAUUCAGAUAAAGUGAAGGAGUUUUUUGAGAAGUUACAACACACAUUAGAUCAAAAGAAGAAUGAAAUCCUGUCUGACUUGGAGACCAUGAAACUUGCAGUUAUGCAAGCCUAUGACCCAGAGAUCAACAAACUCAACACCAUCUUGCAGGAACAACGAAUGGCCUUUAACAUUGCUGAGGCUUUCAAAGACGUGUCAGAACCUAUCAUAUUUCUGCAACAGAUGCAGGAGUUCAGGGAGAAAAUAAAAGUAAUCAAGGAAACUCCUUUACCUCCCUCUAAUUUGCCCACAAGCCCUUUAAUGAAGAACUUUGAUACCAGUCAAUGGGAAGACAUAAAACUAGUAGAUGUGGAUAAACUUUCUUUGCCUCAAGACACUGGCACUUUCAUUAGCAAGAUUCCCUGGAGCUUUUAUCAGUUAUUUGUGGUAGUCAUUCUGCUUGGCCUUCUCAUUUUCUUUGGUCCUACCAUAUUCCUAGAAUGGUCUUUAUUUGAUGAAUUUGCAACUUGGAAAGACCAUCUUUCAAACUUCAGUUCCUAUCUGACUAAAUCAGCUGAUUUUGUAGAACUGUCAGUUUUUUCCUGGGAACAGGUGACAGAUUGGUUUUUCAUUUUCAGUGAAAGAUUCAAGAAUUUUACUUUGGUGGUGCUGAACAAUGUGGCAGAAUUUGUGUGCAAAUAUAAACUAUUAUAAAAUCUGUUUCAAGUACAUAGUUCUCUGUCUCUCGUUAGAAAUGUGUUAGAGAACAGUGGUAGUUUAGAUUUGGUCAAGAGUCCAGUGAGAUACUUUUCUCCAAAAGUAUUCCUUUCAAAAAUAAUGUCCUACACAUGUUCAAAUUAGGUAGCAUAAAGAUAAAAUUGAAAUUUAAUAGUACAGUCCUGAAGCCGUCUUUUUUUUUUUUUAUGCCGAGGAAGAUUUGCUCUGAGCUAACAUCUGUGGCCAGUCUUCCUCUUUUUUUAGAUGUGAGCCACCA